UGCAAAACAUUGUCUGUAUAGUCUGAUGCCAAAAACCAAUCUCGCUCUCGAUAAAGCAAAAUGGGAACCAUAAGUCCAGGCACCACGGUGUUCUUCAGAUUGUUGUUAUGUAAGAAAAAAAUCAGACACGUGAAACUGAAUGUGACAGAUGACUACACUAAUUUCAAGAACGUACAGAGCAAAGAGUAGAUGGAGUAGAUUGUCAUGGUUUUGUAUUCCUGCUGAUGCUACAGAAGUCAUAGUCGUUAUGAAGGAUCACAACGAAGCGAAUGGAGUAGAUUCUGGAAAGCGAGUUUUGAGGCCACGUAAAGUGGCUUCAGCUGUCGAGAGCCAUAGUCAUACUCCUACAGAAACUAUUAAGGAGGUGACAGUAAAUCAGCCAACAGUUAUCUCCUGCAACUCAUCAGCCGAUGAAAAUGCUAACAUAUGGAAGAAGACACUGGCCCAGAACGCUCCGAAGCCGAUUGCCACCAAUCCAAUCGGACUUAACAGUAACAGCAUGCUACACAGACUCUAUAAUAGAUCAUGUAGAUCUUCACACAUCAACAAACUCAAACAGGCAGUGGUACAGCCGUACGUUGAACAGACUUUAAAGAACUUCAGGAUUCAGUCUACGGCAAGUCCAUUUGAUCGACGGGUAACAGCUAUGGAUUGGCACCCCACCCUCCCUAAAACACUUGCUGUAGCCUCCAAAAGCGGUGACAUUGCUCUAUGGAGUUAUGAGAAAACUGCACAGGUCCAUUUAAUUAAGGGGAUGGGCAAAGGUGGUUCAGUGACCUCAAUGACAUUUGACCUUGAUGAUCCAAGUGGAGUCUACACUGCUUCCAUUGAUGGAACAUUUUGUCGUCAGUGCCUUGAAGGAAAUCGUCAAAACUCACAUCAAGUCUUUCUCAGUACUGGAAAUUACAGUCGCUGGUAUUGCUGCACUGGUGUCAGCUAUGCAAGGAAACUACUUCUUGCUGGUGACAAUGUUGGCAAUAUGACGAUGAUGGAGAAGGAAGGUGGUAAGGCUCUCUGGACCAAACGCCUCCAUAAAUCGAAAGCCAACCAUUGCGAGUUCAACAAGCAGUGUGAUUGGCUGAUGGUCUCUGCAUCAGGCGACAAAACCGUCCGGAUCUGGGAUGUGAGAAUGAUUUCAGAUCGUAAAAGCGCCCUCUAUGAACUACCUCAUAAGAAACCGAUUAACUCUGCAUGUUUUAGUCCAGAUGGGACAAAGUUAUUGACAACUGAUCAGCACAGUGAGUUGAGGAUUUACGCAGGCCCCCUAUGGGACAGAAUGGAACAGUCCAUAGCUCACCCACAUCGCUUUUUCCAACACUUGACACCUAUAAAGGGUUCCUGGCAUCCCAUUCAUAACCUUGUGAUUAUUGGGCGGUACCCUGAUAAAAAAUCGCCCAGUUACCAAGAAGGAGAAAAUAGAACCAUCGACGUCAUUGAUGGCAGCUCGGGUGAAAUAGUCUGCCAGCUGUUGGACCCCAAUGUGCAGCCAGGGAUAGUUUCACUGAAUCAGUUUAGUCCAUUUGGCGAUUCCUUGGCAUCAGGAAUGGGAGGAAGUGUUCUCAUCUGGACAGAUGCGGUGAAGCUGGAGCAGAUCCGCCAUGAUAAACUGAAGAAGACUCUUUCCGAAAACGGGCAGGACCCUGGGAAGAUAGCUAACCCCAUCCCGGACCUAGCGUUGCAGAGGAGGCGACAACGACGUAGACGUCAGGAUGACGAUGAUGAUAUCGGUGCCAUGAAACAAAGACUUAAAGGAAAACUUGCCAGGAAAUGAAAAGAUUAACGCUAACCUAUUAUAGAGCCUUAAUUAGGGCAAAGAAGUAAAAUGAGACGAUUUAUCAAUGAGCGUUGAAAGACUUUUACAUGUUCGAUCACCAAACAAACAAAAGCGGGUCUCAGUGUUUCUUCAUUCAGGUUUUUAUAUACAAAGGAUCGAUGCAUAAAGUAAAGAAGUGUUUAUUUUCAUAAUGCUGUUUGUAUCUAAAUAUAUUUUUUCAUACUGAUAACUGCCAAAGCUAUAACUUUUAUUAAUGUUUCAAAGAGGGAGUCAUGUUUUUUUUUGUUUUAUCGCGGUGUUGCCAUAAAGAACUGUUUUAUUAAAGGAGUGAAAACCCACCAAUUAGGCUUGAUGUAAGAAAAAAUAUGAUUGAAGGCAUCCAAUCACACUUUAGACUUUGACAACUGCGGCCCUCACCAGCCUAGGAAGGCAUGAGGGGCCGGGUCACUUUGUUUGUUUGCAGUUUUUUUUCAGGAGCAGAGAAAGGGACAUGUUCGGUCGUCAGACAAAUACACCGAGUGUUGUUCCUCCGACCAGCAGGUGGCCUAUUUUAUAGGUAAAAGAGGGCGCUUUGUAAUUAUCCAUCCUAGGUUCGAAGACAAUAGGGUGCUUUCGUAAGACGACGGCAGGCACACACGACGGAAGGUAGCAUAACACGGUAGUCCAGAUGCUCACGGUCGAGUGCUCAUGUCCUGUACGUUGUGGAGCGCUUGGUUACAUAUAAUAGUCUCUUUCCCGCGAGGGUCCUUUUUUUCCAGUCCAAUCGCCUAAACAACGUUUGCGAAGCUGGCAUUCCCCAAACUUUUGCCUGGCAAUUCUCGGGAACACAAUAGCUACUUUUGAAAUCGAAUAUGAUAAGAUACUUCUCACACGAGAAAGGGGCUUGAUUCAAGUCUAUCACGGUUCAGUGCAAGGCUCCCCAACCAUACAACGUGUACAGACGACAACUCCAUUGGCAUACAGACCGUACGUUGUUUCACCAUAAUACCGGUUCCUACAGCUGUUCAACGGGGACUACUUUAGGUUGGCGCGUGUAUCGAUCGAUUUUUCUUUCUCCCGUACACUGAUCUCUGUUAUAAUCAGUAAUCCCAUAUAACGUGGAGUCUGGUCAAAAUAUUUGAGUCUGGCGAUUUCAAAGUGAUUUCAAAGUGAACUCACACUGCUUGAAGAUAAAACGGUAGAAAGUUUCAAUUAAAUUACUACUUGCCGAGGUUUUUAAUUUGUUGAGAAAUGAGUAAAUCUAAAAUCGCAAAAACAGUUUAAGCUUGUUUAAUGGAUUCACCAUUAAACAUUCAAAAACACAAAAGCCAAAACGAUCGGCUGAUACGGCGUUAAUGUUUAUUCCUUAAUUGUCCUUAUUAAAAUAAUCAAGUGAAACCUCACUGUGGACGAAAGUCGGUGCAACUAGGUGACAAUGUGGUACAUAUGUAAUUUUAUUGGAACUCAAUUAGAAUGAAAGGGCUGCUCAAGCCGCACAGUUCAAACACCAUCCGUCUAUACUUGGCGUAUUUGGUUACAUUAGUUAUCUAGAGACAAUACUUUGUAUUAAUAUAUGUACCAAUUCAUAUGUUAUGUUUUCUAAAGUUAUUUCAAACAUUACGAUUUACUAAUUGUGUUUUUUACGGCCUUUGACUUUUUUUGUUUAACAUUACAAUCAACUUUUUUGUUUAACAUUACAAUCAGCGAAACUUUUGUUUGUUUAACAUUACAAUCUACUUUUUUUGUUUAACAUUACAAUCAACGAAACUUUUUUUGUAAAAAGAGAGUUCAAAACAGAAUGUGUCUGUUUGUAUCGAACUCCUAUGCGAAAAAAAUAAAGUCACAGUCGAAGUGGGGAAAAUUACAUAAUUCUAUCCCCACGGUAAAAUGGUUUGUUUUGUGUUGUUAUUCCUUCGCACAGACAUACUGUUUUCAGGCCGCUUUGAUUGAAUCUCAUCAAUAUUUACGAGGAAAACAAAAUCGCUGUACAAGAAUUUACAUUCCUCUUGUUGACCUUCCUCUCUGUAAACAUGGCAAACAUUUUAUGCAGAGGUGAUUUACCAUUGCUCUUUCAUGAAAAAAAAAAAU